GUUUACGUCACCGGAUACGUAUUAUAUUCUGGCCCUUGGGACGAAGGAGGUUCUCCUUAUUGACAGGAUAUCUCAGGAUCUAAGGAUCGAACGUAUGUCACUAGUGUGGUGUAGAAAAUCUGUUUCCAGAGGACCUAAAUAUAAUACCGUCGGGCUUGGAUUCGACGACACUUUAUGGUCUGUGGGGGGUGGUUCGACUGUUAUCCGGUAGCUUACUCGCUUUAAUUUUUAUGUUCCUGAAUAGGGUAUUAUUUACUGGCUAUUACUGAGCGAGAAAAAGUGGGUGAUAUUUUCGGCCAUACCAUAUGGAAGAUUACCCGGAGUUCCGUGCUUCCUUAUGUUAAGUCUGAUAUUAAUUUAUCGGACAUCCAGGUAAUGGACUACUUAUGUGAACCUGUACAUGUCCCCUCGACAGACCCAAGACGAACGAGCAUAUUGUCAAAUGCUUACAAAUGUGCUCGAAACGGAAGGAUUUUACUACUCGACUUCAUUCGAUAUAACACAUACGCAACAAAGACUGUCGGACACACCCCCUGAAUUCCGCAACAAGAGUCUUUUCGAACGGAUCCGUGGCUCCGUUCCACUCUUCUGGAGUCAAAAACCCAACCUGCGAUACAAACCCGCAGUUCUUUUGGGUGGUAGUCAACUGACUUCCUUCUCCGUGACUGCUCCCGUGGAAUCAGGACAAAAGGUCGACGAGGCUAGCUUACAGGUUGCGCAAUCGGCUAUAGCACGCCACCACUUCAAUCAACUAAUCUACACCUAUGGUUACGGGCGACAGGUGAUUAUAAAUCUACUAAAUCAGACUGGUAUGGAACGCCCUCUGGGACGUGCGUUUGCCGAGGCCACGAUGAACUUGGACGAGAAUGAAGUGAAAUACGAAAGCUUUGACUUCCACCGUGAAUGUGGGUCAACGCGAUGGGAUCGACUAAGUAUCCUUCUUGAUCGUCUCAUUCCUGACCUUCUUGCAUCCGGACAAUUUCAUCUGGAUUUGAACCACUCCAAAGUUGUCAGUAGACAAACCGGUGUGUUCCGAAGCAACUGUAUUGACUGCUUGGAUCGCACCAAUGUGGUACAGUCAAUGCUUGCUUGGUGUGCCCUUGAAAGGGCACUCAUCACCAUCGGCCAACUCAGCCCACAGUCAGCCUCGACAUCAGCUUCCUCGAGUACCAAUUCCGCUUUAGCUCAGAUGUGGCCUGGUUUUGGAUUCCGGUUCCGGUCUGUUUGGGCAGAUAAUGCUGACUACUGUUCACUUCAGUAUACCGGCACCAGGGCACUAAAGACGGACUUCACGCGGACAGGUAAGCGAACACUACGGGGCAUGCUGAUGGAUGGUUAUCAUUCCCUGUUGCGGUACUACAUGAACAAUUUCACGGAUGGUUUUCGUCAAGAUGCGAUGCACCUCUUUUUGGGUCAAUAUCUGGUUCACGAUGCUGACGGAACCCCAAAACCCCUUACUGGGCCGGGCGGUCGUGGUCGGAGAGGUUCCGGUCGGGCCGACACAGAAUGGCGCACGCAAUUUCUGCCAUUGGUAUUCACCUUCGCUUUGGCGAUGUCAGUUCUUUGCGUUGCUGUCCCCACAGCACACUGGACCGAACAGGUCACGUACGUGCUAUUUUGGGGCACUGCGUCUGUUCUCUCCGCGUUCGCCAUAUUCGCCUACGGUGAAGAGUUUGUUGAUCGCCCUCGCUUCUGUCCGGACUAAACCGGGACAACACCGUCAGAGCCUGUGAUCAUAUCCUUCUGUCCGGACUAAACCGGGACAACACCAUCGUCAGAGCCUGUGAUCAUAUUUCUAGGUUACCCUCUUCGCUGCUGGCAUAUUAUAGCUCUUAUUGCCCAGUCUGGAAAGCAUUGAUGCCCUCUUGUCUCGUCUUACCUUGAGCCCGAUGUGCACUGUUUUUGUCUUUCAGCACUAUUGCCACAAAUCUGAAUGUAAAUCCGAAUAUUGGUGUUCUUCGUAUCACUGCCUACAGUGUUUUGAAUGCUUACUUCUCAGUAUUUGUACUGUUCUUUGAUUUGUCUAAAAGCCAAGGAUUCUUCUGAUUCCUGCUUCACUUUAAAAUACCGUUCCUUUCAGUUCGGACAUUUGCAGAUAGAAAUGUCUGGUUGGUUUAUGUCCCG